AUGGAGAAAAGGAUAUUGAAAAGAAGAAAAGGCGAAGCAAUACCAAACACCCUCAAUAUAGAUUAUGUUUGUUUCUUACGUUAUUUGUGUAACCCGUCCACCGGACGGGAACGGGCAUUGGGCCGGCCACCCACAUUUAGGGAACUCUUCCUUGCAACCCACCUUACCAAAGAGUCCAAGAAAAAUUUUUGGGACGGAUUGUAUGAUGAAAGCUUGGACGGGGCGGAGUUUUGUACUGCUCGAUCUAGAAAAGCAUAUGAAGCAUAUGAGAGAUCCAUGCUCGAGAAGUAUGGGGAAGACGUCACGCUACAUCCGGUCGGUGAUGCUGACUUGUGGGAACGUGCGCAGGGAAGGAGAGGAUUUGGGAUAGGAUCUUCGGAUCCUCAUUUCAUCGUUAACGGCACACCAUCUUCAUCGUCGGGGUCGGCGUCGUAUGCGGAAUACCAGCGCUCACAAGAGCAGGUGAAAAACUUGCAAGCUCAAGUGGAUAUGUUGCAAAACCGUGUUGAAGAGGCUCAACAACAAGUGAGAGAAGAAAUGAAGGAAGAAGUGCAACGACAAAUAACCGAGCUACUAAAAAAAUUUGGUAAUCCAGGCAAUCCGUUGUAGUCUAGUUUAAGUUUAUCAUCUUUUGUGGUUGAACUUGUAGUUUUAUAACCGUGUCGUAUUUUUGUGGGAAACUUGUAAUUUGACAACGGUAUCAUAUUUUGUGGGUAAGCUCGUAAUUUGAUAACAGUGUUGUAUUUUGUAUUGAAACUUUUGAACGGGACGUGAUAAUCAUAUCUUAGUUUGUAGAUUUUUGUUUUAAA